AUGGCUAAUAGUAAUCGCAAUCCUGAUCUUUCACCAGCAAUGGUUCUACUUCGUUCGGAGCCAGCAGUUUUACCGGGAGGGCCUCCGUUCUGCUCCAGAAAGAGAAAACUACGAUGGAUUAAAUCCUUUAUGGACCAUGAACGCGAGCUGCUUGGUUACACACGGCACAUUGUAUUCUCCACCGUCGAGAUCCGCACGGCAGCAUUGUUGAAGAAGAAUCAUGAGGCGGCUCUCGAGAAGAAUGGUGGUGAGGAAUGGAACUUUAUGUUUGUGGCUACCAAUCCAGAUCUAGCCUGGAUUGCAAAGCAAAAUGGGCUUCGCGUGGUUGUGGCAAGGAAUCAUCCCUAUUAUAAGGCUUAG